AUGUCGACUCAAACCAGGGAAAAUGUUGUGGGAGCAUUGAUUUUCUACGCCUACAUUGCUGGGGCGCUCGCACUGACGGGGUUGAUAUGUCGGGACUUGAUGAUCAUGUACAACCGCUUUUCGGGGCAGAAAAGGAAAGACGUACAGGUCUUGAGGAAGGACUGCGGAAGGGCAAAACGCGGCACACAGUCUCGGGUUUCGAUUCUUGCAGCUCUUUCGGCCCUCAGCUUCGCCGUUCUAUCUUAUCACAUGUUGAACUUCCUCAUCCAGUCAUAUCAGUCGUGGGCUCCCUCAGAAUCGUUAAGCGAUGUCUCUUUUCCGAAGAUCUGGAAAUGGUCGGUCCACUCACGGCUCUUUCGAGAUUUUGCUGAAGCAAUCAUAAACGAUCCUCAUCGAUUCUGGUGGACGAACUUGGCUUUGACCUAUUCUCUCGGAUGGAACGUAUACAUGAGCAUCGAAGGCUUCCGUAAAAGUAUCCCACAUCUUUGGGCAUAUUUCUUGUUGGAUCAGAUCCUGCCCGUGUCCUUCACGCAAAAUAUGUUCCUCCUCGCCGUCCACCUUCAGGAUGAUAAGAAAUAUGCGGAAAUAAGAAUGCUGGACCCUCCUUCAGCAGCGAUGCAAGUGCUGCUGGUAUGUGCAUAUUCUGCUGUCCUCGCAACUGCUCCUAUCAGUAUUGGGUCCGGCUGGUUCAUCUGGGUGCUCCUAGCCACGAGGGCGCUCCUUUCUGCCCCCUUUCUCGUUCUCCGACCACGAAUCGCACGUCCGGGAGCUAGUUUCCAGCACCAGGAUGUCUUCUCCUCGGCGAACUAUAGCUUGCGACACGAGGCGAGGUGGGCGCUGGCUCUGAUUUCCGGGUAUAUGGCGGUGCAGCUCGCACAGGGGUUUCUUGCCUUACCGUCCUCGAUCACCGCCGUUUUAUCCGUCUUGCACGACAAUCCAGCAGUAAGCACACUGGGAUAUGACCUCCUCAUCGGUACAUUCAGCCUCAGCGUCUCCAGGCUCAGUGCUUACCAAUAA